AUGGAAAUCGUGUUGUGUGGUCUGCAAUGGUCAACAUGCUUAGCAUACAUAGACGAUAUUUUGGUGUAUUCGAAAACAUUCGACGAACAUUUAGAACAUUUAGACGAAAUAUUUGGACGGAUCAUAGAGGCUAAUUUAAAGUUGACACCCGACAAAAUAAAAACGGUGGAAGAAUUUCCAGUCCCACAAAACGUAGAUGAAUUAAAUAGUUUUGUCAGUUUGGUCUCGUACUACAGACGUUUUGUGAAAAAUUUCGCAUCUAUAGCCUAUCCACUCAAUCGGCUAAGGAAAAAGAACGUGCUAUUUAUUUGGGAUGAAAACUGUCGACAAGCCUUUCAAGAGUUAAAACUGAAAUUAACAACAGCACCCGUACUAAGAUACCGGGAUUUCACACAGCCGUUCACAGUGUUUACUGACGCCUGUAAACAAGGAUUAGGUGGGGUGCUUUCUCAGGUUUUCGACGGCCAAGAAUGUGGCAUUGCGUAUGCUUCACAGGGAUUAAAAGAUUCAGAAACACGGUGCGCCCCAGUGGAAUUCGAAGCAAUUGUUUGGGCCAUAAAAUAA